AUGGGGCCUUACGGCGUUGGCGGGAUACAUCCAGUGCCCAUGAUAGAGACGAAUAACACACUGUCGAACCCAACUGGCCCUGAGUGGCAGUUCUUGGUCGGAGAAGGAACAUAUACACUCAAAGAAGAUCUACAUUUGGCGACACCUCCGCCCCAUCCUUCCGAAGCCACCAUUCCCAACCCGAACCCUCUGUCGACUCUUCCGCAACCUGCCAGCGCUGGCACUUCGGUUUCUCUCAUCGCCCUUGAUAGCCGACCGGCCCCAAACUUUCUUUACAAAGGACUCUCUUCAACUACUAUUGCUUUGAGCGGCGCCCCGUCGAGUAUACAGGAGCAUCCUAACGAGAGUCGCUACUCAGCGGAGGGGGGCAUGGCCAGCGAAGAUGGUCGGACUGGCUCGACAAGCGAUGUUCAGGCUGCUUCCAUUACUAUAGGCUCUGCGCCUGCCUUUGGUGAGGGCAAUGCUUUGCUUACUCAGGUACCGAACAAGGACGUGAACAAGAAGAGGAAGCCCAAGAACAACAUGACUAAAAGCAACUCCUCAUUUAUCUCCCGCGUCAUUGUCAACGAAAGCCUCUCCAAGAAGCUUACAGAGCGAUCCAAUGAUGGCAUUUUUGCGUUUGCGAAUAUUAACCGCGCAUUUCAGUGGCUUGAUAUGUCAUCGUCCUCCAAGCAAGAUUAUUUGACCAAGAUUCUUUUCACAAAAGCGCACUGCUUAUGCCAUGAUGUGAAUGUCCACACAAAGAGCGUCUCGCAUCUGGAUGUUAUCAUGGGCUUCUCAACUGGCGAAGUUAUUUGGUGGGAGCCAAUCUCACAACGUUAUACUCGACUGAACAAGAAUGGAGCUAUUAACGGGACACCUGUAGCAUCAAUUCGAUGGAUCCCAGGAUCUGAGAACCUAUUUCUGGCUGCCCAUAUGGACGGGUCGCUUGUGGUUUAUGACAAAGAGAAAGAAGAUGCCCAAUUCAACCCCGAAGAGGAAGCAGUCAAUGGACAUGCGAACGGGGCCAGCGGUGAAUCGUUAGAUGCGAACAAUGGUGGAACUCAUCACAACACUAUUCGCAUCAACAAAUCUGUGCAUUCCAAAAACCAAAAGGUAAACCCCGUCGCCGCUUGGAAACUGUCGAACCAUCGAAUCAAUGCAUUCUCUUUUUCGCCCGAUAAUCGACAUUUGGCUGUAGUCUCUGAGGAUGGCACGCUGAGGAUUAUCGACUAUUUGAAGGAAGAGCUGCUUGACGUGUUCUACUCCUAUUAUGGCGGUCUCACCUGCGUUUGCUGGUCCCCGGAUGGUCAAUAUGUGUUGACUGGCGGACAAGACGACUUGAUAUCGAUAUGGUCACUCUCCGAGUCGGCGCUGGUAGCCAGAUGCCAAGGCCAUCAGUCAUGGGUAUCGGCCGUUGCUUUUGACCCUUGGAGAUGCGACGAACGGAAUUAUCGAUUCGGCAGUGUUGGUGAGGAUGGACGUCUUUGCCUGUGGGACUUUAGCACUGGCAUGCUUCACCGACCCAAAGCGCAAUCCGUAAGACACCGCGGAUCAGUCUCAUCACGUUAUACGGCCUUGCAGCGGGCUGAGACAGCCACAACAUCAAACUCGCGCUUACGAUCGAAUUCGAACCUUGAAAUCGAAGACGAAGAUAUGGCUAUUGCUCAUCCUGUCGAACCUCGAGCCAGAAUUCCAAUGCUACCCCCUGUACUCGAUAAACAGAACAAGUCAAUUGAUACGCACCCAGUGUGCUGGCUGGAGUUUACGGAAGACGCUAUCAUCACAAGCUGCAAGUCAGGACACUUGAGGACGUGGCUGCGACCCGGAUCGGAGCUUGCGGCACAGACCAAGGGAGCAGAAGCCCCGGGAACGUCCUCAUAA